CGAAAAGUGUGGGAAAAAAGUGCUGAGCCUCAGUGAACAUUACAAUGAAGAUGAAGUUUUCCUUUGUCUUGUUUCUUUUAUUAGAUAUUCCUCAUCUAAAAGGGCAGCAGAGGAUCGAGGAGUUUGAACACGUCCUGCUGAGACUCGCCUUCCCUUCAGUUUACAAUACUUACAACAAGUCUUGCUGUAAACUCUAUCCAGGAGGAUGCUACAAGCUGCUGGACAGUGCAGGAUUUACCUGCGAUUUACUGAAAGGAAGAGUGACGAAAACUGAGAGAGACGGCUGGAUAGAAUUUAAAAUAUCAAAUGUGCGGUUUGUGGAUGGAGGCUAUUACAGAUGUAUUGUGCUAGGAACUCAAAACCUCAUCUACAGUGAUUACUAUGUUGAGGUGUCUGAGGUUUCAGGUCACCACAGCCAGUCUCAGCCUUCACUGACAACAACCAUCAAAGCCCCCAACCACUCCACAAUACUCCCAGAAUCCACUGGGCCUGCUCUAGCACAGGACCACAGUGACAGUCCCAGAGUUCCCUGGAGUUUUGGCCUGCCACUAGCUGUCAUUGUGUCAAUUACGGUGAUGAUUUUGAUCACUUCAGUCAUUGGUGUUGUUUGCUGCAGAGUCCAGACAAAACGUAAACUGCCGGACAAAUAUGGAGAAACUCUGUGUGAGUCACUGAAACAAGACGCCCCAACCACUGUCUCUUGACAUAGUGAGUCUCCCGCAGGAAAUGAGUGCCAUAGUCUACACAACGGUGGACUUCAGAGCUCACCAGAAACCGACAGAGGUGUACGCAAACCUGAGGAUGCACAAAACACAAGCGGGAGCCCCUGACUCGACCUGGAGUGCAGAACAUGAUGGGAUGGUGGAGUACUCCACAUUGGCCAUCCACCAGUGAAUACCUGUGAAAGUUUAGUUAGUUUUGAUUGAACUUUGAUUAUUUUACACAUAAAUGUCAGUUCAUGCAGUCAGGCGAGUCAUGCUUAGUGCCACUCAGCCUGUGUAGAGUUUGAAAGACAUUCACCAGGCAGGGAUGAUCUAA